AUGGCCUGCAACAACCAAGGCGAUGCCGAUAUGACUGCUAAGAAGGCGAUUGUUGGAGACCGCCGUUUCGGUUUCUUGGGCUCGGGCCAGAUGUCUCAGGCCAUUGCCAGAGGUCUUCUCAGUGGUGGUCUCCUUCAGGGAACUCAUGUCACCAUGUCAGACAUUUUUGGAACCGGACCGGAAGAUGCCAGGUUUUAUGCGCCCAUCAAGAAGAUGAAGGAGGCGUACGGCAUCGAGUACGUUCAAGACAACAUCCCCAUGGUUAAGAAGAGUGAUGUAAUCUUUUUGUGUGUGAAGCCCAAUCUCGCUCAGACUGUCCUCCGUGCAUGCGGCGACACACUUGCCAACAAGCUUGUCAUUUCAAUCGCCGCAGGCGUGACUGUCGGUGAUUUGGAGGCCGCUGUCCCAAGCGCCACACGCGUCAUCCGUGUGAUGCCCAACACUCCCUGCCUGGUGCAGCAGGGUGCGGCCGCCUUCUCUCGCGGCAGCAAGGCGACCGAAGAUGACGUCAAAGUCCUGAAAGCUGUCUUCUCCGUUAUCUUCCCCGUGUGCGAGGAGGUCCCCGAGUCUCUGCAGAACACCGUCGCAGCCCUUUCUGGCAGUGGACCCGCCUACAUCCUCAUGGUGAUAGAGGCUAUGGCCGACGGUGGUGUACGCCUUGGCCUCACUCGCGCCUUGGCCCAGAAGUUGGCCAUUCAGACGGUCCUCGGAACUGCCGUUAUGGCCCGCGAAUCCGAAUUUCAUCCAGCAAAACUUCGUGACGAUGUCUGCUCGCCUGGAGGUAGCACCAUUGCCGGUACUCACGUCCUCGAAAGUGCCGCUGUUCGCGCCAGCUUCAGCGCGUGCAUAGAAGCCGCCAAGAAGCGCAAUGACGAACUCGGUCAAGUUUCAAAGUAA